AUGGACGAAAAUGGUUACAAAUUUGAAAAUCUGGGCGAUAUAGACGAUUUCUACUCCAGAAUACGCUGGAAUAAUCAGUUUUCAUAUAUGGAUUCUUUACCACCUCACUUACGAAGGGAAGUAGAAGGCCAGAAGCACCUGUUAGAGCGGUAUGAUGCCUAUGCAAACAAAAUUCCUUUCUCUGAUAAGGAAAGCCGAGAUGUUGCUUCACAGCGUAUGCACGGGGAUAUGCCAGGAACAUCACAUGCAUUAGUUAGCAAGAAAGACCAAGAUGCGCACACAUCAACUUUUGUAAGUGAAAUUUUUCAGCCAGAGAUUGCUGGAGAAUUUAUAGUUAAUAGAUAUGAAAAACUGUUGUCACAGAAACCAGAAUGGCACGCACCUUGGAAACUUUUACGCGUUAUUAAUGGUCAUCUUGGAUGGGUACGAUGUGCGGCAAUUGAUCCCGUUGACAACGAGUGGUUUGUCACAGGAAGUAAUGACACAACAAUGAAAGUUUGGGAUCUGGCGACGGGGAAAUUAAAAACUACUUUAGCUGGACAUGUAAUGACUGUACGGGACAUUGCUGUCUCAGAUCGACAUCCCUAUUUAUUCUCUGUCAGUGAAGACAAGACAGUCAAAUGCUGGGAUUUAGAAAAAAACCAUAUUAUUAGAGACUACUAUGGCCAUCUAUCUGGGGUUCGUACCGUAAGUAUACAUCCGACACUGGAUUUGAUAGCCACUGCAGGCCGAGAUAGCGUCGUAAAACUUUGGGACAUCAGAACAAGGAUGCCUGUUAUUACCCUUGUCGGUCACAAGGGUCCAAUCAAUCAAGUACAAUGCACCCCAGUGGACCCUCAAAUAGUGAGUUCAUCCACUGAUGCUACAGUGAGAUUGUGGGAUAUUGUUGCUGGCAAAGCAAUGAAAGUUCUGACACAUCAUAAGAGAUCUGUGAGAGCUACUGCACUGCAUCCAAAGGAAUUUUCACUGGCAUCGGCAUGUACUGAUGACAUUAGAUCGUGGGGAAUAGCAGACGGGUCCUUACUAACCAAUUUUGAAUCCGAAAAGACAGGCAUAAUCAAUACUUUGAGUAUUAACCAAGAUGAUGUUUUAUUUGCUGGUGGCGACGAUGGGACACUCUCAUUUUAUGACUAUAAGUCGGGGCACAAAUAUCAGUCAUUGGCCACAAGAGAAAUGGUAGGCUCGCUUGAAAGUGAACGUAGUGUUUUAUGUAGCACUUUCGAUAAAACUGGUCUAAGAUUAAUCACUGGGGAAGCUGACAAGAGCAUAAAAAUUUGGAAACAGGAUGAGACGGCUACAAGAGAGUCUGAUCCUGGACUGGUAUGGAAUCCCAAUAUAAGAACCAAAAGAUUCUAG